AUGCCCAAAGAAUUUGACGAGGCUGCUCGAAUCGCCUCACAGGAGCCGUAUUACCAAAUGCCGUCAAUUCUAAUACUUCUGGUUCAAGUCCCUCAGGCUCCGGGCUGUGAAAAGGGAGGUGUCAUCCUCGACGAGUUAGAAUUAGCAUGCAAUCAAACUCUGCGAGAGCAAGUUGUUGGAUUAAACGCGUGGGUCUGCCGAAUACGGACUGUGGAGUCUCAAAAUCCGAUAUCCUCAAAAUCUAAAACACUUAUUUUCUCAUCAAUGUCUUUGUAUCCUCGCGAAACAACGGCCGACUACAUCGCCGCAAACUGCUCCCAGGCCAUUAAGGGCAAAACAGUCCUGAUUACCGGGGUAUCACCUGGGGGUCUAGGUGCCGAGUUUGCAAAAGUAAUCUGCAAGCAUGCCCCGGGGCUUCUGAUUCUCGCGAACCGUGACACCGCCAAAGCGUCAACUACUGCCCAAGCCAUCGCAGACCUUGCGCCCUCGGUGCCCACCCGAAUACUGAAAUUAGAUCUCUCACCUCAAGCACAAGUCCGUGAGGCCGCAAGAGAGAUUAUGGAAGACUACCCCGAGGUGAAUAUCGACGUGCUCAUCAACAACGCCGGGGUGAUGGCUAGCCCUCACAAGCUCAAUGUGGAUGGCAUUGAGAAUUAG